GCCACGUCAUCAAUGGAAGAAGAACACAAAUCCCGCGCCUUUUCUCCCAACUCCACAUCUUCUUCUUCUUCUUCUUCUCCUCUCAGUAAACCCCGAUUUUGCCCUUCGUCGGAAUGGCUAACUACUCUCGGCCCCACAUCUGUCAGUGUUUGACUCGGCUAGCCUCCGUCAAACGGAACGCCGUCGUCACAGUCUACGGUAACCGGAGACGCACCGGCCGAGAAUUCGUCAAUGGAGUACUGAGCCUCGCCGGCGGAUUGGUUCGUCUCGGCCUUCGAAAAGGAGACGUUGUCGCAAUCGCUGCUCUUAACAGUGAUUUGUUCUUGGAGUGGUUAUUGGCUGUUGCAUUGGCUGGAGGAAUAGUUGCUCCUUUGAAUUACAGAUGGAGCUUAAAAGAAGCAAAAAUGGCAAUGCUGCUAGUAGAACCUGUGCUCCUGGUCACCGAUGAGACUUUUUUCUCCUGGUGCAUCGGUGUUCAGAACAUCGAUAUACCUUCCUUGAAAUGGCGUGUGUUGAUGGAGUUUACCUCCACAGAAUUUGCAAAUGAACAUAACCAAUUUUUGAAAACUGAAAUGCUUAAGCAGCAUGAAGUGAUGCCUUCUUUAUCGACCUACGCUUGGGCUCCUGAUGAUGCUGUUGUGAUAUGCUUCACUUCUGGUACAACGGGAAGACCCAAGGGUGUAACGAUAAGCCACUUAGCAUUCAUCACGCAGUCUCUAGCCAAGAUUGCUAUUGUUGGCUACGGUGAGGAUGAUGUGUAUUUACAUACAUCACCAUUAGUUCAUAUUGGUGGUUUGUCAUCAGCCAUGGCCAUGCUAAUAGUUGGAGCUUGCCAUGUUCUGCUUCCAAAGUUUGAUGCUGAAACAGCUAUUCAAGUUAUGGAACAACAUUGUGUGACUUGUUUCAUCACAGUCCCAGCUAUGAUGGCUGAUCUAGUUUGUGUCAACAGGACAAUGAAAAAUGGAGCUCAAAACAGCUGUGUGAGAAAGAUACUAAAUGGAGGUGGAUCUUUAUCAAGCCAACUCCUAAAAGAUGCUGCACAGAUCUUCCCUAGAGCAAAAAUACUUUCAGCAUAUGGGAUGACAGAGGCGUGCUCUUCACUUACCUUCAUGACUCUUCAUGAUCCAACACAAGAGUCUUGUAAAGUGACAUUUCCUACUAAUAAUCGAUCAAAGCAAGGCACAUGUGUUGGGAAGCCUGCGCCUCAUAUUGAACUAAUGGUUAAGCUCGACGAAAAUUCAUUGAGGGUCGGGAAAAUUCUAACUCGCGGACCACACACAAUGCUUGGAUAUUGGGGACAUCAAGAAAAUGUUGCAAGAUCAGAAUCCAGCAGCAAUGGUGAUUGGCUUGACACAGGUGAUAUUGGAACCAUCGAUGAGUUUGGUAACUUAUGGCUCAUAGGUCGGUCUAAUGGCCGCAUCAAAACUGGUGGCGAGAAUGUUUACCCUGAAGAGGUCGAAGCUGUUCUGUUAGAGCAUCCUGGGAUUGUGUCUGCAGUGGUCAUAGGCAUCGUUGAUGUUCGUCUUGGAGAGAUGGUCGUUGCUUGUGUCCGUUUACAAGAGAGUUGGGUAUGGUCUGAUGUGGGAAACUGCAACCGAGAUUUCGAACUGUCUAGUGAGGCACUCAAGCAUCAUUGUAGAACAAAGAACAUAACAGGGUUUAAGAUUCCGAAAAGGUUUGUCCGAUGGGAGAAGCAGUUUCCGUUGACAACAACGGGGAAAGUGAAAAGAGAUGAAGUUCGAAGAGAAGUUAUGUCUCAUUUCCAAAUCUUGACUAGCUCUCUUUGAUCAUUCCAUUCCAUAACCUUAAGUUUCUCUCUUUGUAUGAUAGUAAAGUAUUUUUUUUGUUUUCUUUUUUUUGUUUAAUUCGAUCAUUAAACACAUUAUGGCCCUUUUAAACAGAAAUCCACUCCACUCAUGAAUUAGAACUAAACCGAUCAGAUCAAAUCUGAUUUGGCUUUU